AAUAAUGUCCGGACCCAGACCCGUGGUGCUGAGCGGCCCCUCCGGAGCAGGGAAGAGCACUCUGAUGAAGAGGCUGAUGAAGGAGCACGAGGGCGUCUUCGGGUUCAGCGUGUCACGUACACACAACAAGAACCCACGACCAGGAGAGGAAGACGGCAAAGGGCUGAACAGUCUCCCCAUGCUUCUGGGGGCGACUUUAUUUCCCGUAGCAGACGUCUAUUCCUCUGAAGACUUAGAAACGUCUUUUUCGUGUCCUAACGAAUCUGAACCCACAAAUAAAGACUACCACUACACCACCAGAGAGGCCAUGCAGGAGGGAAUUGACAACGGAGACUUCAUCGAGAACGCAGAGUUCUCCGGCAACAUGUAUGGAACAAGUAAAGCGGCCAUUCAGGACGUGAUUGACAAGAACCUGAUGUGCAUCCUGGACGUGGACAUCCAAGGGGUGAGGAGGAUCAAAGAGACCGACCUGAACCCCAUCUACAUCUCCAUCCAGCCCCCCUCCAUGGAGAUCCUGGAGAAGCGUCUGCGGGACAGACAGACGGAGACGGAGGAGAGUCUACAGAAGCGUCUGGAGGCAGCUCGCAUCGACAUGGAGCUCAGCAACGAGCCCGGGGUGUUCGACGUGGUGAUCAUCAACGAUGACUUGGAGAGGGCUUAUGAGGAGCUGAGAGCCCUCCUCAGUGACGAAAUCCAGAAAACUCAGGAGGCCAAAUCAUAAGGAGGAAGAUCUUUCUGCUGCUGUGACUCUGGCCUGAAUAACUUCAUCUGCAUCUUAAAUAAACGCUCAUCUUUUCCUCCGCCCUUUGAAGGUUUCCUCAGUACAGUUUCUUUAUCCCUGACACUCCGAUAUUUUGUUCCUGUCUGAGAGAACAAGGGUUUGAGUUAGAUUUAGUAAGACCAGCGACUGAAAUCAAGGUAUUACUGCCAAAUUCAGAGCUAAAUUUGAUUUGUAUUGACCCUAAACUCAUACUGAUAAAGUCCUGUACACAUCUGUCCCUCACUGCAAACAUAUUUACACUUCAUUCAUUUGAUUGUUGUAUUCUUGGCAUAAAUAUAUUCACUCAUAGUUAAGUUCAUGACUACUUCAACUACUAUUGCUGUUUAAAUAUUUACUGCUGCAAAUUUGCUCAGACUUUGAGAUAAAAUGACUGCAUUUAAAACAAUUUGUUCAAAAGGGCUGAAUAAAGACUGUGAAGACAAACCUUUGUG